GGGGACAGGUAGAAGGGAUGAUGAGGCUCUCGUGCGCAGACUAAGAGGAAUUGUCAGAAGCACAUCGUGUCAUUUCUCCGCGGUGAGUUGGUCUGUAAAGACCUGUUCUCUCGUGCGGGCUUGGUGUUCCUCUGCAUACAUACGUAUAUAUAUAUAUAUAUCUGACACACCGUCACGUCGGUUCAGUCUAUAUGACCACGCUCCGUCAGAAUCGGUCUAUCUCUCUCGAAUUGUAUCUGUGUAUCCGUGACAGACGAUAGGCAUCCACUCGAGCCGCGAGUACCUUAUUCGUCCGCAGACCAUCGUAGCGCGUGGAUGUGACAUUCGAAGACAGUGUAUCGAAGCAAAUUAAAGAGCCAGACAGAAGACAUAGUGACUCGGUGAUCGUUGUGCCGAAUGGACGAACUUGCGUUUCGUGAAACGGACAUUUGUUUCGCGGAACGUAAUUAUCGAGAUACACAGAAGCUGUGAAGAUUUGUUAGUAUCGUAUUAUACUAACGUAUGAAUAUAUAGAUAAUCGUUUGUGCGCGUGUAAAUUAUUUUUCGUUCUCUUUUUUAUAUUUGUUACAUUAAUUCGGUAGUGAUAUACCUUAAUAAUAUACGAUAGUUAUACUCAAUAGACAUAUUCGUUAGUUAUAUUCGUUAGUAUUAUAAUAUUUAAUAUAACAUUCGGUAUAAUAUCCCGUGUAUCGUUUCGAAUAAUACCAAUACAAGUUGGAGUAAAACGAAGUUGCAUCAUGCAGCAAGCGAAACAGUGAUAUAUUAAGAUUUCGUUUUUGAUGUGGUCCCUGUGAAGAAGUCUCGUGUUAAGUGCACAAGCUACAUCAUUUAUUUGGAUCUUAAGUGCCUGAACCGCUGACCUUGGAAUUUUAUAAUUCGAUCACGGCGCUAAACUGAACGAAGAAUGGAUUACUCGACGAAAGUUACUGUUAAGAACGGACCCACACAGGAAAAUGAAAACGAAACACCAGCUGAUGCUGCAUCUUCACCAUCUAGUGUUGAGCUACCAGAACGCGCACACCCAUGUCCAGCUUGUCCGACCGUUUUGUCUACUUCCAAGGAGCUAACGAACCACUUACGUGGCCAUAAUUCGCCACGUAGCACAGACUGUAGCGUCGAGGAUGACUAUUCUUGCGGAGUUUGCAUGAAAAUACUCAGCUCCGCAAGCUCCCUCGACAGACAUGUGUUAGUACACUCUGGGGAACGGCCGUUCAAAUGCAAGAACUGUGAGAUGGCGUUCACCACAAACGGCAAUAUGAACAGGCAUUUAAGGACAGCGCACAGAGGCGCCUCGCCUAACAGCUGUACCGACUCCGAAGGUAGCAGCGACUCGGACAAAUCAUCCAGGCAGCGACAUCUCGAGGAAUAUAACAACAACGAAAUCACAAAAAGAAACUCGCCAAAUAUCGGGGACAAACGGAACGAGGAACAGACCUCGUCGUUAACUGGAAAAAGAAAAUGCCCUAACUAUGCGAGCGACAGCGAAACACAGAAGAGGCAUAAGAUUCUUCUAAAUAGUUCGAGAAGCGAGAUAAAAUCGAGACAGGAUGACAAUCAGAACAUUUACAAUUGUCCAGUAUGCGGGCGACAAGAUUUUGCCACUAGCGCCCUCUUAGAAACGCAUCUGGAACGAAGUCAUCCGGAAUUCCCUGCAAAAUGCGACACAUGUAACUUGUCGUUCAAAAACCACAGAGUACUGAAUCUGCAUCGGUUCAUGAUACAUUUUGCAGAACACUCGAUGGGAAAUACCGCGAGAAAUCUGAGAAACUCGAUAGUAGGUUUCAACGAUUUAACGUUCGUUGAUUUCUCGUCCGAUAAAUUCCCAGCAAUAGCUAGAGCUGUCUGCGAACAAUCGCUUCACCGUCCAGCUUCCGGUGAGGUAGCAAAAUUCCAAUGCUCCAAAUGUCUGCGAGCAUUCCCUUGUAGAUCCGCGUUGGAUGCCCACGAAACUGACUGCGGCACGAUGAAUUUGCAAAGUAGAACAACUGACGAUAGCCAAUCGCGAAGAGACGAUUUCUUCGCUGGUUUGGAUCUUCAAAACAAGGCUGCUUUGAGGGAAGCGAAAGAAGGCAAAGAUCUUGCCGAUAUACAGAGUAUCAUAUCUGUCACCUCUGGACCUAUCUUACAGAGUUUUCGAUCAGACACCAGUACACCAGAGAACAACAUCAAAUUUAAUACCAGUGCAAAUUCUUCUGGUAGUUCGAGUACGUAUUGCGCAGAGUACCACGAGGAGGAAGCUCAAGACGCUUUUUCUGCGGAAUUCAGAAAAAUGAAAUUGAAAGGGGAGUUCCCUUGUAGGCUCUGUUCCUCGAUAUUUCCUAAUCUAAGAGCCCUAAAAGGUCACAAUAGGGCGCACAUGGGCGUGGGACCUGGCAUGCCGUAUCCUUGUAAUAUGUGUCCUUAUACCAGCACUGAUAAAGCGACUCUGGUGAGGCAUCUGAGGUCUCAUAAUGGCGACAGACCUUACGAAUGCUCUCUCUGCAAUUACGCUUUCACAACUAAAGCAAAUUGUGAGCGCCAUGUACGAAACCGACAUGGAAAAUUGACAAGAGAAGACAUUAAGAGCGUUCUCAUUUAUCAUCCAAAUGAAGAUUCUACGAAUGAGAACGUGGAACGCGGAAACUCACCCAGAGUUUUGAAGGAUGAAGCGAGGAAAAGCCUGGUAUAUCCGACAGAACGCGACGAUCUUCACCAGGCGCAAAUACACUAUCCUCCGGUUUCUAUGGAGGUCAGAGGUGAGAUCAGAAUAAUAGAAGAGGCGAAGCUGCAAAAUUCCUCGAUGUCGAUGUACAGCACUAGCCACUUUGAAAAAAAUGAUGCGUUUUCAAGGCAUGGUCAGCCUUUGGAGCUGACCCAGAGGAACUCCGAGGAGACAAAACCUGGUCAAGAUGCCAAAUCGGAUUAUUCGAAGUUGGACGACGAUUUGGAGUCGAGGUCAUCCGAGGGUAGCGUAUCUCUAGUCACAGAAACCAAAACAGAUUCGCACCAAAGAAUACAAGCUAGUCCUAUGAAUUUAAAGAAAGGUCUCAACAUAUCGGAAAACAUAGGCGAAGACGGUCCGUUGGACCUUUCCAUGGACGUACUAGAUCUCAGCAAGAAGUCGAAAGAAAAGGAGGACGAUAACUUCGCCGCGGCUCACGAACAAUUUGGAAAUAACCAAAAAGAUUUGUACAGUGCUACCAGUCAAUUAUUGUUGACUGAGGCUUUGUUGAAGGCUGGCCAGGGUAGUUCUCAACCUACAUCUCUGGAAGCUCUGUACGCUAACGCAAUCUACAGAAAUUUCAGUACAUUCCCUGGUAGCGUAGGAGCUGGAAUAUUGCCACCGUACAUGUUCAAUCAUCAUAUCUUUGGCCAGGAUUUCUCUAUGAAGGAAAGAUUACAGAAGGAAUUGGUCAGAGGUCUACAGUUGACAAGCGGAGGUACUUUGGUGGAGCCACCCAUAGGUAGCGCGGGAUUUACCACCUUUUCUCAAAAUAGAGACAUGAACUCCCAGUCUCAUUCAACAACCGACCAAAGUGAAUAUGCCAAAUUAAUAUCUUCUAAGAUGGCCAACAAGAGUCUGGCAAACCGCGAUAAACCAGACAAUCUGCCCUCGUCCAAUUCUGUAAAGAUGGUGAUCAAAAAUGGAGUCCUGAUGCCUAAACAAAAGCAACGGAGGUACAGAACUGAGAGGCCUUUUACUUGUGAACAUUGCUCAGCGAGAUUUACCUUGAGGAGCAAUAUGGAAAGGCACAUUAAACAGCAACAUCCUCAGCACUGGAGUCAGCGACCAAGAGGAGGUCACUCGACAAGAGGAAGACCACCUUCCAGCCAUCCUACGUUGAUUCAAAACCUUGGUCAGGCAACUCCUCAAGGCAGUCAAUCAUAUAACAAUAUCCUGCCAAAAGCGGAACAGUCAACGAAUCCGGAAUUUACGAGGCAUUCUAUCUCCGACCAAGUGAAGUACGCUAUCCUGGCACAGCAAUUAAAGGCAAACAAAAUGGAAGACAAUGACUCUGAAGAAGAACUGGUAAUAGACGAAGGGCCCCAAGAGAAAGAAACUCAAGAAUCUCAAGAUCAAAGGGAGAAGAGUCUAUUGCGAGGACAGUUAGAAGCUACAGAUUCUACGAAAGAAAUUGUAGUGAAAGAAGAAGUUAUGGAAUGUUCAAACGAUGACCCAAACGAGACAAAUGUUGAGCUGGAGAAGAACGAACGAAUUGUUACUGAACAACAGAAAAAAUCUGACACGGAGAGAGCUACUGUGAUGGAAAAUUCGAUUGAUAAAAAUCCUGGCAAAGUGCUCAACCUGGAGAACAGCGAGAAGAUAGAGGAUGGAGCACCUGAUCUCGCUAGCGUGUCAGAGCUGUUGGACAAUGCCUCCCAACAAUACCAGCAGUUUCAACCCCAAUAUUUAAGCGAUGAAGAGGGUUUAGUAGCAUCGAACAGUGAUUGCAAUAAUUCUGGCAGUGAUGAAAAAUCUGACUCUGUAAAUUCAUCACAUUCGACGAACGCAUCAAAAAAAAAAAAGAAAAAGAAGAAAAAAAAGAAGAAAUCAGCAUAUUCAAUGGCCCCCAAUAGAGUAAUCUGUCCAUACUGUGAAAGACCAUUUCCAUGGACCUCGUCUCUCAGACGACAUAUUUUGACACACACUGGACAGAAACCUUAUCAAUGCGUUCACUGUUCCUUGCUAUUUACAACGAAAUCGAACUGCGACCGUCAUUUGCUCCGAAAACAUAAAGCAAAUCCGAACAAGAUGCGUAGAGUUCGAAACUCUUCCUCUCCAGAUUCUCAAGCGAUUAUCAACAAUAGUAACUCGUUCUCCAUGAGAAACGUUCCUGAAAGACCCUACAAAUGCAAUCAAUGUCCCAGCUCAACAUUUUCAACGUUGGGUAACCUAAAGAAACAUCGUUCCACUAAACACGCUCGAAAGAUGAAGACCAGGUCGGAGACUCCAUCCAGUGAACCUCAAACCAGCCCACAGGAGUGUCCAAAGCCGAAUAACGAACAAACUGAUUAUGAUAGUCAGUCUUCGAGCGUGUCUGAAGGGAUAGAAACUUCUUCGAUGCCAGGACUUAGCAAAUCGAAUUCUGGCGCUUCGCAAUUGGCCAACGAAACAGCUAGAUCGAGAAGACCUUCACCGAGAUCAUCACCUGGGCCCAGUGAUGUUCCCUUUAAGUGCCACUUGUGCGAUUGUGGUUUCGCAGAAAGACACGACUGCCUCGAACACAUCAAAAUGAACCACAAAAAAUCCUACGAAAUGUUAGUGGCGAAAGGGGCACUGGAUAUGGACAUCGACGCGGUUGAAGACCAGCAACAACCACCCCCACAACACCAUACCAGCGAUGGAGAAGAAAAACGGGGACGUUUCCCAGACUAUAGUAACAGGAAGGUUGUAUGUGCAUUUUGUAUGAGGCGGUUCUGGUCUGCAGAGGAUCUCCGGCGCCAUAUGAGAACACACACCGGAGAACGGCCUUUCUCCUGUGAUAUAUGCUGCAGAAGAUUCACCUUGAAACAUAGUAUGUUGCGGCACAGAAAGAAGCACGAGUCCAUUGAUUCUACCAUGUAUGUUGGUACAAGCGGAGAUGAAGAAAACUCACCUGCACAGCCACCUACGAUCACACCACGAAGUCAACAACAACAACAAAUUCUGGUGGCAGCCAACAACGGAAAUUCCCGUAUUCAAGAUAGAAUCUCUUUACCAACUGUUACUCCAGUCGCGACCGGUGAUGCAGCCCCGAGUGGAUUAAUAAGAUUCAAUCCGUACGAGAAAUUAACCACUCUAACAGGAAAAUUGGCCAGUAUUCCAUCAAACGCAAAUCCAGAUGCAGAGAGCACGGAUAAUGAUUUGAUCUCGAACCUGCUGGGAAUAAGAGACAAGAGUUUCAUCGACAGAGUACUACAGGCAUCCGCUGAUGACGCAGCCAAGCUAUUAGGAGUAAACCGUAGCCAUGAGUGAAGUAGAUUCGGCUGUUGCUUUUUUUUGAACAUUUCACGAUCGUGCCUUAGGUUCCUCCCCCAUUUACGUGUACGAAAGUCAAUCGAUAAAUUGAUCUUUGUAUAAUAGAGAUAGUGUAAGUAGGUACUUAUUUGAGAAACAAGUGUGCAUGCGUGUUAAUAAGUAUGAUAAAUUGAUAAAUAUUGUUAAAAAUUGAGUUUUGAUUUUCUUUUAGCCCUUUUUUAUUGUUAUUUACUUGAUAGUUAAUUUAAUUAAAAAAAUUUGUUGAAAAAUGAAGAAAUACAACAAUAUAUCAGUGUUUUUAUAUAGCAGUACUUAUUGUAGUAAUUUAUUUUUGCGUGACUGUGAAAGAAUUGUAGUCAUUUUUUAUUUGUCAAUAUGUUACAAUUCACUUGAUACAUUGAUGGUUUCAUAAGAUUUGUAGAGAAUUCGAGUGAAUUGGACAUCUUUUCAAAUAAAUGUACUCACCAUUAUUAGAUAUUUUUAUUGGACAUCAGGCUGUUUCUUUAAAAUAUCAUCUUACAAAAUAUUUACCGUAUUACCGAAGAAGAAAUUUAACAACAUAUAAGACCUUUUAUCUUAAUUUCAAACAUUUUUAUAAUUUGACAUUGGUGAAUUUCUUCUUUCUUUAAUAAACAUGAGUCGUUUGAUGAUAUUUUUAAAUAACAAAUGUUAACGAUGCCAAUAGAAAUAUAAAUUUCAAAUUACAUAAAAUUAAAUCUAUGAUUAUAUUGUGCAUGAAUCUUGAUGAUUUUUAACAACAUAAGCGAAUUAAGAGCCUAUUUCAAUAAAAUUUCAUCAAGUUGUCAUGCUUUGUUCGAGUCAAGAGAAAUGUUUAAAUUAACUACAACAACGCAAAGCUACUUUCACAGAAUCGUUGCAUGUCUUUUCUUCGUCAAUUAAGUGCCUACUUUCCUCUUUUUUUUCUAUUUUCUCUUUCUUCUAAUCUCUCGCGCCCACGCGAAAUACGGGCUAACAUAUUUCCGCGUAUCUCUCUCUAUUAUGUACAUAUUAUAACCACAAAUACGCGUGAAUCACACGUUUCUAAUAAGCUUACACGUUUCUUUAAGAGCUAGCGUUGUACAUUAAAAAGGCAUGAUAAAGCUGUGUCAAAACGAA